CAGGGCUCAGGGCCAUGGUGGAAAGCCUCCUACAGGCUAGUGGACCUUCUAGGAUCUCCAGGAAAUGGGGUUUGCCCCGAGACUCUCCACUUGCUGGCCACAUGUCUCCCUCCUCCUCUCCCCUCCCCUUAGCGUCUGCCUGAUGGUAUAUGAAGACCUGAAAACGCAGGACAACUGGGUUCACAGGAAGCGGCUGUUCAAGGAGAUGGAGUCCAUAUUGAGGGCAAGGCAGCGGGGCCGCAUGGGACCCAAGGAGAGGAUGACAAAGGACUUGAUCCCCUACCUUGGACUGAUCCUGGACGAUUCUGUAGACAAACACCUGGAAUAUGAGGACUUUGCUGUCAUCGAAAGCGAGAUCACCAUGCAGAGGCAGCUGGCCGAGGUGUAUGACCUGGAGCGCGAUGAGUGCUUCCUGUCCUUUGCCCAGGCUGUGGAGCCCCUGGAUGAGGAGGAGAGCUACAACCUGUCCUGCCAGCUGGAGCCCCCAUGCCAGAGGGCCAGCAGAAAGGGACGGUCCUUCAGGUCCCACAAGAUUUAAACUUACUGGCCAGGGCCAGCUGCUGUCAUCGGGCCCCCUCGGCCCUGCUGGUGUCCUGGCUGCAUGUGGAGAGAGCUUCUUCCCCUUAGGCAGGAGGCACCUGGCACCUGCUUGCUGCUCCUCUUCCUCCCACUGCUCAUCCUGAACCUCUGCUGGGCAGGUGCUCUGGCACCUCCUCCGUCCACAGACUUCGGCAUCUUCCCAUGCUGCCGCUGCAUCCUCAAGGGCCUGUACGUAGCCACUGCCAACCUGGCCACCUUCGUGCUGUGUCCUACCCUCUGCUUGUGGCCCGCUGGACAAAGGCGAGCCACCCCCCCAUGUGGAGGGUUUUCCCCUUCGAGUAGGUGGCCUCCCGCCAUGAUGCUAUCUGCUGCCUGGGUGCCAUCAGCCACCAAGUCAUAGCCACAACGGUUCAGGAAGAGCUGGGGCCCGUCCUCACCAUGGCCAGCCUUUCCCAGGAUGGACACAGAGACGGCACAGUGCUGCAUGGGACCAGCGCGCCCUGGGUACCCAGUGGAGGCAUCCGAGGCUGCAGGGGUGGCCGGCCAUCGCAGGGUCCCAGGACAUGCUCCCAGCGGAGCCCCUGUGCAACUCCCUCCCCUCAUCCCUGAGAAAUAGCCUCCCCAGGCACAGUAUGGUCUGAGUGUUGUGUCAGAGGUUUAUGGUUCCUGGGGGUUGGGGUCAUCCCUGUGCAGAAUGUAAUAAAUGACGAACGU